UCUCUGCUCUGGUUGCAAUCAAGGCCUUCAGACUUCCAGCGUAUUGUGAUUUAGAGAAAAUGAACAGGAAAAUCAGCCGAGAAAUUGGCAUAUUGAGGAUUCUACGCCAUAACAACAUUGUACCCUUGUGGGGUAUAGCAACAGGAUUUGGACUAAGGCCAGAGCUGCGCUGCUUGGUAUCUCCGUGGAUGCCAAAUGGCAAAUUGAGUACAUACCUGACAUCUAACCACAACACUCUGACAGUCCUGGACCGUUCGCGUAUUCUGGAGGAUGUCAGCGCUGGACUUCGUUACCUGCACUCGGUUCCUGUCAUGCAUGGGGAUAUAACAGGGGCAAAUAUACUGAUCGACAGGGGAGGCCAUGCGAGGUUAAUCGAUUUUGGUCUUUCCACCAUUACACAACCCCUUCUAGGCCAGUCGCACUUGGCUGCGACAUCCAUACGUCCAGGCGCAAUCCGCUAUGCAGCACCAGAGCUCGUUCUACCAGACGAUGCCCGUGAGCUGCCAGUGGUUUUGGAAAAAGCCGAUAUAUACUCUUUUGGUUGUAUAAUGCUUCAAGUUCUCUCGGGUCGGCGUCCUUGGUCUGAGAUUCCAUCGGAAGGGUUCAUCAUCGUUAGCAUUUCACAUGGUUGUGGACCGCAACGCCCCGACGGUCAUCCUGCCAUAAUGGACUCUGAUUGGAAAUUUAUCCAAAAAUGUUUGCAAUCUGGACCCGAACUUCGACCUUCAGCAGAUGAAGUACUCGACUUUGUCACGCGUAGGUUUUAUUCUCCAGACUCUUGUAGUAGACCGCCUGACGAUCCUUCCGAUGAUGCGCCGGAUGAUUUCCCUGGAGCCUCCCCGCACGGUGGUUCCGAAGACUCGCAUACAGCAGAACAACCACCCGACAGUCCGCCACUCCCCCCUGAUCAUGAUAUGAAGACUUUGUUCAUGGUCGCGGAUAAUUUGUCUGCCUCCACGUCGAGUGCUUCUGUAGUUUCCGUACCACAUUCCUCUUAUCAUGACUCACAGAGUGGAAUAUCCGAGUCCUCCACUACACCAAGACCUGAGUGGCACGCCCCAUCUAUGCUUCCGUUAUCGCCAGAUCAACUUGCUGAUCAAGCACAGCGGUGUUUGGAGAGAGAUGAACUCAGCGCCUUAGAUGAAGUGAUAUCCCUUCAUUAUGAUGCACUGGGAUACUACAACGCCUGGCAUGCUUGCCGAGGGCAAUUGCUAGGCAAUCUAGCUGUAAUGCUAGGAACUCGCUUUGAGCGUCGAGGCAGCGACAAAGACUUGGAUGAUGCUAUCGCCCUUUGCAGGGAAGCGCUGGCUUUGCGCCCGGUCGGUCACACAGAUCGGUCCAAGUCAUUAAACAACCUCGCGACUCACCUCUCCUCCCGCUUUGACCACCGAGGCAACGGCGAAGACUUGGAUGAUGCUAUCGCACUUCACAGGGAAGCGCUGGCUUUGCUCCCGGUCGGUCACACAGAUCGGUCCGAUUCAUUAAACAACCUCGCGAAUCGACUCUCCUCCCGCUUUGACUACCGAGGCAACGGCGAAGACUUAGAUAAUGCUAUCGCACUUCACAAGGAAGCGCUGGCUUUACGCCCAGUCGGUCACACAGAUCGGUCCAAGUCAUUAAACGACCUCGCGAAUACACUCUCCUCCCGCUUUGACCACCGAGGCAACGACAAAGACUUGGAUGAUGCCAUCGCACUUCUCAGGGAAGCGCUGGCUUUGCUCCCGGUCGGUCAUAGAGAUCGGUCCAAGUCAUUAAACGACCUCGCAGAUACACUCUCCUCACGCUUUGAUCAUCGAGGCAAUGGCAAAGACUUGAACGAGUCACGAGAGAACCUACUUCAUGCAUUGACAUUGUUAACGCAGCAUGAUCCUCGUCGAUCCGUAGUCCACACAUCGAUGGCUAAGGUCUACCUGUCAAUCCAUCAUUCAAAGCUUGAUAGCUCCGGCGCUUGGAAAAAUAUAGAGAGUUUAAAUGCUGCCAUGCAUCAUUUUAAGGCAGCAGCACAUAUUGUCUCUGCAGGCUUGCCAUCUCGCCUGCGCGCAAGUCUAAGUUGGGUGCGCCAUGCUGAUCAGCAUUCGCAUGGUACUCAACUGGAGGCUUAUGUGACUUCUAUGCAACUUCUGGACGCUUACAUGUCUGUGACAGCCUCCUUAUCAUCUCGUCAUAAUGCCAUGAAGGAAUUCCCAAGUACACUUGUCGUGGAUGCUGCAUCGUGUGCUCUUCGUAGUGGUGAUGUGAUUCGCGCUGUUGAGUUGUUGGAGCAAGGCAGGACCAUCAUCUGGACCCAGAUGACUCGACUCCGCACACCUCUUGAUGGGCUCCAGACUUGCGGCGAUCAUGCAGUGACUCUGAUGAAGAGAUUUACAGACCUCAGCUCCCUCCUUGAUAAACCUCCUGCAAGCCAUCCAGAAGGGACCCAAAGAGUCGAUGUAGAAGCAGAAGCCACCCGGUACAGACGUCUAGUGGAGGACUGGAAUGGAACUGUGGAAGAGAUCAGGAUGAUUGAGGGCUUCUCUCGCUUCCUGCUCCCCCCUUUGUUCUCCGAUCUUCAAGAUGCAGCUCGCGAUGGGCUCGUCAUCAUGCUCAUCGCAAGCGAAUCAUCUUGCGAUGCCAUUAUUAUCCCACACAAGCAACCUCCCACCAGCAUUCAACUCCCUACCGAUAUUCAGAAACUCGCCAAAUUGGUACUCACAUUUCGAGAGUCAGUUGAGAAAGAGACCGGGCACGCGCUGGUGGAAGCUUUGAACGAGUUGUGGAACAAUGUCGUCGGCCCAGUGGUCGAGAAAUUGCGUGGAUUGGUAGGACUAGGCUCCCGAAUAUGGUGGUGCCCGACGUCUCUCUUCAAUUUCUUGCCGUUGCAUGCUGCUCGCGAGUACAGAAAUGGGGGAAAGUCUCUUUCGCAGCUCUAUAUAUCUUCAUACACCCCAUCUCUCACCGCGCUGAUCAAGGCUCGCGCAACUCAUGACAGACCCACGUCAGUGCCCUUCGUCGCCAUCGGUCAGAAUUUCCCAGCCGGUGCCUCUUUCACUUUGGAUGCUGUGGAGCCUGAGCUGGAAUUGGUGCGGAAACUUUUGCCUCCUCCCCCAACUGUCUCCUUCUCCAAGAUAACCAGCGUUGACGCCACAAAAUCGAGAGCACUGCGCGCAUUGCAAGAAAAUACUUGGAUCCAUCUCGCAUGUUAUGGGACACAGAGAUUUGAUGAACCCUUCAACUCAGCCUUUCUUAUGCGCGACCAACCUCUGUCGCUCCUUGAUAUUGCACAGAUGGAUCUGUCUCAGCAUCAUUUUGCCUUUCUUUCUGCCUGUGAAACCGCGGUCGGUGACUUCAGAACGCCCGACGAGGUGAUACACCUAGCGGCUGGCCUGCAAUUUGCUGGGGUUAGGAGUGUCGUCGGGACGUUGUGGAAGGUCAACGAUGAUACUGUGCAGCGCUUAGUCAAGGCAUUCUACGAAAGGUUUUGCGAGGGUGGCACAAUGGAUCCCAAACGAGCUGCCUGGGCGCUGCACCGAGCGGUCCAGUCGUUAGCUAGUGACAGAGACAUACCCUUGUCCCAGCGCAUAGCGUUUGUGCAUAUUGGC